AGGAAAGGAAAAGGGAAAAAAAGAAAGGAAAAGAGAGGAGAGGAAAGGAAAGACAAAAAGAGAAAAGAGAAAAUAUUCCAUAUGAGAACAGAAUAAAAAAGAAUAAGUAAAGACAAAAAAAAAUAGGGGAAUAGAACUAAAUCGAGGAAGGAAGAAGGGAAGAGAGACCCAAAGAGGAAAAUAGAGAAGACAACAGGGAAGAGGAAAAGAACAUAAAUGUAUUAGAAUAUAGAGAAGGGAGAAAAGAAGAAUAAAAACAGGGCAAAGAAAAGGAGAAUAGGAGAAACAAACAGGCUAACAAAGAAAAGGGGAGUAAAAGGGAAGAGCAGAGAGGAGGUGAGAGACAGCAGAGGGAAGACUUUGGGAGACCAAGUUGAGGCAGAGUCACGGGAGCCACAUGUUCUCGCUGGUCAGUGGUCUGGCCCUACUGGCCACCUCCCUCCUGCUCCUGAGAAUGCUCAGUUUCUACCUGGCCCGAAACCAGUUCCCUCCUGGUCCGUGCCCCCUCCCCAUCCUUGGAAAUCUGCUGCAGUUGAAUUUCCAGCUUCAUCCUGAGAAGCUCAGUCAGCUGGCCAGGAAACAUGGGAGCAUCUUCACUGUGUGGUUGGGGUCAACGCCAGUAGUUGUACUGAAUGGUUUCCAGGCUGUGAAGGAUGCCUUAAUCACUCAUUCAGAGGACUUUGCUGACCGCCCAAUUACCCCCCUCUUCGAGGACCUGUUUGGAGACAAAGGGAUCAUCUCCACCAGUGGUCACACCUGGUUACAGCAGAGACGCUUUGGUCUGACCACCCUACGCAGCCUGGGGAUGGGCAAGAAAGCCCUGGAGCAGCGACUGCAGGAGGAGGCACAGUACCUGGUGGAGAUCUUUCGCAGAGAAAAUGGCAAAUCCUUCGACCCCCAUGUUCCUAUUGUCUGGGUAGCAGCCAAUGUGAUCUGUGCUCUAGUGUUUGGCCAUCGCUUCUCCCACGGGGAUCCCUUCUUCCAAGAAAUGAUGAAAGCAAUUGACUUUGGGCUGGCUUUUGUCACUACCAUCUGGCGCCGGUUGUAUGAUGUCUUUCCAUGGCUACUGCGCCAACUCCCUGGACCUCACCACAAGAUCUUUCAGUAUCAGGAGAUCGUGAAGAAUCUCAUCUUCCAAGAGAUCCAGAGCCACAAACAAAGGGGGCCCAAAGACUCAGAGGACUUUAUCAGCUGCUAUUUGGCUCAGAUUACUAAGAAAAAGGAUGACCCUUUGUCCACAUUCAAUGAAGAGAAUUUGGUCCAAGUAAUCAUUGAUCUCUUCCUAGGAGGCACUGAAACUACAGCCACUACCCUGCGCUGGGCACUACUCUAUAUGAUCCAUCAUAGAGAUGUUCAAGAAAAGGUUCAGGAGGAGUUGGACACAGUCCUGGGUCCAUCCCAGGUGAUCAGCUUUGACGACCGCAAGCGCUUGCCUUACACCAACGCCGUCCUCCACGAAGUACAACGCUUUUGUAGUGUCAUCUCCGUGGGCGCUGUGCGCAAGUGUGUGACGGCCACCACUGUGCAGGGAUUUUUCAUCCACAAGGGCACAAUCAUCUUACCGAACCUGGCCUCGGUAUUGUUUGACCCCGAGCACUGGGAGACCCCCUGGCAGUUCAAUCCUGAGCACUUCUUGGACCGAAAAGGAAACUUUGUGAUCCAUGAGGCUUUCUUGCCCUUCUCUGCAGGUCAUCGAGUGUGCUUGGGCGAGCUGCUGGCCAAGGCGGAACUCUUCCUGGUGUUUGCCAACCUGCUCCGGGAGUUUCGGCUGCAGUGUCCUGAAGGAGCCUCUGGGAAUGAGCGAGAUUACGUUUUCUGGGGCACUUUGCAACCCCAGCCCUACAAGCUCUGUGCCAGCCCUCGUCGAGGCGGGUCUCGCGGAUGUGGCAGGGAAGACAGGCUUUAAGCUCCUGAGCUUCCCCUGGAUCUCCUCCACUGUUUUCUGUUUCUUCUCAUGGCUCACUAAACUUCUGUAGCGUUAGGAUGGGAGAAAUGUGGGGGGGAAGACACAGAGCCAGUGCUUUUCGGUCUCAGGAAGGCCUGAGAGCCGCUAACUGUAGCAUCCCAGGAGGGUACGGUGGCUGGCUGGUACUUAGAGACUUCAUAUUUACCACUACGGACAUGCUGGGCUUCAUGAGCAAGGGGCUGGCCGUGCUAGAAAUCCAGGACCUUUUCCUUGGCUUUGUUCAGGGACUGCAGGAGAUUCAGAGAGAGGCAAAAGCCGGGCUUCAGCCUUUGCUUCACCAACAACAGCCCGGCAUCCCUUCCAGAAAUCCCAAACAAUUCAAAGGCACAACAGCCAGGAUGUUCUAUGGGCUUCCACUCGGACUUUUCAUUUCAAAUGAAAUUUCAAUUCGGCCUGAAGUUGGGAAAGCUGCCAGUUCCCUUUUCUGCUUCUGACAGGGAAAGAAUCCGGUGGGAUAAUAGAGCGAACCCCAUGGAAAGCGACGGGAGAAGGGCUGGCCUGGGGGGCGGCUUCAUCUGUCCCGAGCUCGGGACCAGGGGUCUGCUGUUCUUAAUGUCUUGGCAGCCCGGGGGCCCCCACCACAGAGACUCUAGCUCCCCAGAUACAGCAAACACAGCCAUUUUCGGUGCUGGGACCGUCUGCAAACUCCAGCUGGGAGUCCCAGCGCCCGGCUCUGAGGUUUCCCGGCCGUCACUCGUCCACUCCACAGCCGAGGAAUUUCUAGAAUUCCAAGGGCCCCCCUCUCCUGCCCGUUUUCCUUCCCGCUCCCCAUCCCCGACAGAGGAGGAAGCCCGAAGCUGCCUUUUGGGGCCAGAAGGUUGAUGGGCUUCUCUUCCCUCCUCAGUUCCUCCGGCUGCUUUUGAGCUUGAGCCCCAAGUGUGUUCAUUUUCCUCCCCUUUUAAGCCCAGCGCUUUCAGGGGCGGGUUUCCACGGUAGGAUCGGAACCCAGACCCGGCCCCGGACUCAGAACUCUGCCUUUCCCCGCGCUGCCUGCUUCAGUAAGGACGCACAAAGCAGCCGGCGCAGGGUUCUUGGCCCGCCCUGCGCAGCGUCCUGGGCCGGUCUCCCUCCCUGGACCGCCCAGCUCAGCCUCGCACCCCCGGUCCCAUCUUCAUUCCCUGGGGAAGCACUGGUAGAACCGGAAUAGUAGGGACGCAGGUUCCAAUCCUACCGUCGGGCUUCGGGACUUCAGUCUUAAAUUCUGAAUUUAAAUAAAAUAAUUAGCAGUUCCGUACACGGUAAAGUGGGGUUUUUCAUGCCCCUGCUUCCCAGCUCCCCAGGCUCUUGGUUCAUGAACUGCAUUUUCCUUAAAACUUUUGUUUACAAAUCACUGACAAUUUCCCCUAGAUCCCUCUUGCUGUCCUGGAAUAUAUAGAUUCUCUACGUACUGUAUAACUAAGGAUCCUGUUAAAAACCAGAAAUCGGAACGCGGGGGAAGCGAUCAGAAAAGCAACAAAAGAGUCUGGAAACAGACUAAGGAACGUUCGCUCUCCGGGAGACGCUUCCUUACCACGGAGGGGAGGGGAGACUUUACAAGUCUUCUCCGGGGUCACGCUCUUUGUGAAUCUGUUCUGUUCGCUUUUCACAGAAUAUAUAAUAAAUUCUGCCCGUUAUUUUCAAAA